AUGGCACGCAGCCAGGUAUGCUUGCGGCCCUGGCUUUCCGAGCUAAGCAGGUGUUUGCACCGCGUAACGGAAGUUGGGGUAGUGGCUGGUGGUAAACCGACACAAGCCUUGUUCUCUGGCGAAGGCGGAAUGUGGACUACGGCAACCUCGAUCUUACCACUAUCGAGCAAACCAUACGUUUUGUCCUGUCAGAUGCGGGCGCUUUUCGGCUGCCGACGGAACGGUGGCAGUCAGAAGGUGCUGAAGGAGCAGGCCAGGCCUUCGGAGUCUGGAUUUGAGGGGAUUUCCCGAGUUACGACUAGCGGACCACACAGCCAUGUUGUGUUGGAUUUUGAGGGGUUCAUGGCACGGGGAGGGAGGCCGUAUGACGGUCAUCAGGCCAAGUGCCGGUUGGUAAGUGAUGUGAGAAGGAUUCGCGGCUGUAUUUGGUACACGACAGCGACGGCGCGAGAUGGUGUCAGCUUGGUCAGCAUGCGCUCUCAGCAGACUUGGGGGUGGGGUGGUGAUAUGUGGGUGUGA